AUAUUAUCGUAUGAUAGUUGCAAAUGGCCGCCGCUCUCUUGGCGAAACUUUUGGACGGGGCGAUUUUGAUAGAUGAUUUUGCUCAAAACUUCAUAACAACAGUAAAUACUGAUACCCAAUCAUCCAUCACAUCCGGUUAUGGAACAACCCUGGCUGAAUUUGUCCCCUUUUUCUUGGAUUACCUCCGUGAAAGCACAAGCCAUCACUUAGCCUCAAGACAGAGUGCCCUCACACCCAAGAAACUACCCGUCAGAAAAGCAGACAGAUGCAAUACCCCACAAGAUACUCCCCAGAGGAGCUCCUCAAGAGGACUAACAUUUCAGUCACAUAAGACACCGUCUCCAAACCCUGCCUCUCUUUCUUCACAUAGUCGGAGAGAGAGGCAUCAGGGAAAGGGAUCACCUAUGUCGUCUCCUGCAAUGCGACCGAGGUCACCUAUGGUUACACCUGGUAGUCAUAGCAACCAUGAUGCAGGAAUUGGUGGGAAAUCUAAACCAAAUCUGGACAAUUUUGAGGAGUUCCCGCCUAUGGGUCUACCAUCUACACCCAAAAACAAGAAGGGUACUUCCCGACGUAUUGCUCCUACACCAGUAAAAGGCAGUAAAAGCUCUCUGUCACUUUUACAAUCAGAAGUAUACAUGGUAUCCCCAAUAGAACCUGACUCGCCUCUUAGUCCAGCCUCACUUCAGGAGGAGAGAAACAUGCUCAAGUCAAUUAAAUCCAAACAGCAGCGUAAAGGAGCUUCUCCUUGGGGAAACCGGAACAGUCCUAGCCCCCACAGGACUCCGCCCUAUGCUAGUCUGGGUGACUUUAUCGUUAGCCCCAAAUCAACUUCUGUUAGGAAGUCUCCUAUCACAGAGAAUGACAAAAAAGAAGGCAAUGCUGCAACAACUCUUCCACAAUCCCCACUUGCAAUUGCUGAUACAAGUGUUUCUGGACAAAAUGUUUCUGAUGGGAAUAGAAACUCAAAGAAUUGUUCUGAUAAUGAUAUAUCAAUGGUUGGUGGAGAUGAAAAAUUGGAAUUAAAACACAACAAAUCAUCUGAGAACUCUUCAAAUGCAGCACAUGUGCAAGUUUCUGCAGAACUAUCUAAAGUAACAGACAAACCUAAACUUACUAUUUUGGCUGUGUUAUAUGUCAGUCUGAUACAAGGAAGUCUUGUCCCAAAUCUCACAUCUGAGUUAUAUUUUGUGACUCAGCUACUAACUACAAGGGUGUGCUCCCAAACUCCAGAUUCUGUUGAGGCAGAGGUGAAUAUCCUCUACUCCUUGCACAAUUGUGUCCAAUUUUCGGUCUUUGUUUUAGAAAAGCUACAAAGAAUUAUUUCUCUUCUGGAUAAAGGAACAUUACGGUUAUUAGCAGAAAAUACUAGAAUUGCUGAAUUUUCACCUGAUUUCCAUAACUGGUUAGUCAAGCAGCAUGAAACACAUUCACAUACUAAGGCUGUAGAUGUAUCCACCUCCUCCCCUAUCGGAGGAGUACCGUUCAGUGCGGACAGAGACAACAGAACUAACUUUCCAUCAGACAGGGCAUUCCAGAAUUUCAGGAAACAAAGAGAUGCAUUCUAUGAGUUGGUGAGAGAAUGGGAAGACUCACAUGGCAAGCCAGGCUGGAACAUGGAAGAUAAUAUGGGAAAUAAAAUAAGAUUACUUGUCCAUCAAAGGUCAGAUCAAGCUAAUUAUGUUCCAUUUGCAAGGCUCUUCCAGUCUCAGCUAUUACAGAUGUGCAAAGGCGAGUCUACCCAUGAUCCUAUGCUGGCAAACCUUCGCAGGACAAACCCUGACAAAUUCCAGAGGUUGCAGGAGCGAUUUGUCACCCCUCUCUCCCUGGGGGGGCCAUGUCCACCACCGACAUUCACAGAAGUACAAGAGUUCUUCAAGGGUUUCAUCCUAUGUGCAGAAAGUCAUUCUUUUAGUCGCCAUCUUAUGGAUCACCUGAUACUCAAGAUUACAGAGUUAAAUGAAACAGUUUUCCCACUGAAUGACCCCAAGGAGGAAGCUUGUGCUGAGGGAUCACUACAACACAAGGACAUCAGGCAAGGGUUUGGUACUUGCCUGGAAAAUCUGCGCAUACUGGCCAAGUUUCUGGGUUUCCUGGUCUUUGAGCCAUACCAUGGUGCCGCUAGCAGCACCCAUGAGUCACAGAUUGCCAUGGCUGUCAAAAUGAGGGAUAAGGUCCCCCAGCCGUUUGAUGUCCUACAGUGUAUACAAACAGCUUACAAGCAGAACAGACUUGUGGUGACCCUCCCCUGGGUAGUGGAGUUCCUUAGUAUGAUGGAUCCAGUAGCACCACACACACAAUACUAUGGAAGCACUUUAAGGAUUCUUUUCCAGGUCUACAGGCAUUCACAAGAGGUCUCUGCAAAGCACAGUCAUUUGCUGAUCAGUGUCUGCUUAGGGUGGCUAUUUGAGGUUUUGCCUGUGGAAUCACUUUUUUUCAAGUCUCUGACCAGCGAACCACUGGAGCAAGAACCUGUAUCAACAGAAAGAAACAUGAAUCUUGACUCAGCUGAACUUGUUGAGCAGCAGAUGAUUUACUCCUGGUAUCCAUUCCUUGGGGAGAUGAAGACUGUUCUUACCGACUCCUGUAUGGGGCUGUCUUCCAAGUCAGGACCUGUGAAAAAGAUUACCCCUGUGUCUACUGAACCGCCCACAAAGAUUUCGUCUGAGAGGCGACAGCUACUGAGUCAGUUGGAGGAAAACUUUUUUCGCAUUCAGCCCGAGUCUUUGAAGCGCACAUCUGAUUUUGUGAUUGAACGUUUCUGCUCCAACAUUCUUGUGCACAUCAAAAGUGCUGUGGUGCCUACUGCUCUUCAGAGUGGCGCGAAACAGGUAGAAAGCUACCUGGCCUCCACAGGCUUCCCACAGGACGUAAACUCCGAUCAGGCCAAGGAGAAAUGUCGACCCCAAGUGCUACGUCUCAUUCACACGGUGACCAGCGAUGCUGUUCAGCAGGCUCUUAAGUCACUGGAGAGCCGAAGCAGAACUUGUCAGAACGCAUUUGAGAUUCUCUGUCCAGACGACACAAAUCCUAAGGUUCUAUUGACUGCUGCUAGACUUUCCUGGCGUCACAUCGAAGAGAAGUCCGCAGAUUGGAUUCGAAUUUCCCUCCCAAAUGUUGUUGAAAAAGAGUUAUUUGCGCACUUCGACAAGUUCACCAAUGCUGUCAUCCACGCCAAAUCCAAGGAGGAGCUCUUCAAUGAAGCCUUCAAGCAAAAGAAGGACCCGCCUCCCCCUGCGGCCCCAUUAGAUAACAACAAUGAAUCGCAAGCUGACAAUGGGUUGUCAGUUAUACGGAAGUUGCAGAAAACCCUUGCAGAACAGACACGUCACGUGACUACGCAUUGUUCUGAAGAUAAUAGGACAGAAGUAGAAUGGUGCCUAAAGGAGGCCAGCGACCAUGUAACGAAACACAAGCUAUCAGAGAGUGAACUUCUUCAACUCGGGCAGGUGACGGUGGAGCUGGCCUUCAUGAUAGUAUGCCGGUCAGCAGAUGGUCUAGACAUGCUUGGCCCUGACACAAUGAUAACGGAGCAUCUUCUGGGGCUGUGGACGCGGUUAAAAGCACUUGGAUUUUCCGCCAAACUUGGUCAACUCCUUUCUACUGCGCAUGUCCAACUCAUCUUAGCAUUUCCAAACAUUGAGGUUACGUGGUCUGCGGUUGCUAAGUUACUAAUGAUUAUUAUGAGUCGCGAGCUCGUCUUACCUUGCUCGGUUGAGGACAGUUUUCUAGGUCUUCUAGACGCCUUCAAAGAUCAGGACGAAUCCGUUGUCAUCGCUAAGGGUGCUGCCAAGAUGGUUCUCUCACACAAAACAGAAUUCUCUUCGGGAGUGGACUUUGCCGCCCUUUUGGCUGUUCUCAAGAAACGCUUCUCCACUCACGAUGACGUCAUGACAUGUGUCAAUCGUUGCUUGGAGAUAUCUUCUGAGUCAAUAAUCUCGCUGCCAGAUAAGUGACGUCACACAUCACGUCAAGAUACUUCAAUCAAUGCUACGAGAUGUCUUAACAAUUCAGCAUCCUACCCGCAAAUAAGUGACGUCAUAUCCGUCGAUUUAGUCACGACGUGGUAGAUGCCAAUCAUCUUGUUGUUAGACUAAUUCUAUGGUCAGCGCCUUCAAAACGCUAUGACGUCAUGACUAUGAGGCUGUCAAUCGAUCAUCUUGUCUGGGAAGAGAAAUUAGAAUAAUUAUUUGGGUAUAUAGAUUCUACAUUCAAGUCUAGGUCCCAUGUGUCAAAUUAUAAGAAUAUCGCUAAAAUCUUACUGGUAUCGAUGGUUUGUAGAACUUUAUUGAAAUAAAGAAUAUUGUUACUUUUAAAGAAGUGAAGCAACCCUUCCCCCCUCCGCAUGAGCUAACUACUAAACAUCAAGUUCUAUUGAAACGCAACUAAGCAUAUAGCAAGUCAUUCUUCUGCAAUAGCCUUUAGUUAUUUUUAAUUUGUUAGUAUUUUAGCUAUUUCAUCGUCACAUUGACUCUCGAUCAUAUUAGGACCAGUUAUUUGCUAGCUGUAGCAUAGGACAUUUAUGAAAACUUUCUCUCUUUUUCCGCGCGACUUGGUCACCAAUAGAGAGUAUCUGAGAACUACCAUCGCUUGAGUUUGUUGCUCGGGUAUUCUGAAUCCCUAUGCAAAAACUAUACAUGUUGUUUGCUGUUACUUAGAGAUUUACACAUGGGUAGCAACAAAGUGCUGAUGGUACUUGUUCUCUUUUUAUUAAAACGGAUAUUUACAAUAUAAAAAAAUAGAAAGCUAAAGUUA